CACCUCAUCUUCCUCGUCUCUACUUCUUUUCCUAGACGCUGCUGGCGACGCACAUGCAGCGCCCAGAGUCGUCGCUCAGCGAGCACAGCGCAACAAGCAGCGCGGGCGCAGGCUCAAGUCUCAUGAGAAGGCCCGGUCGUGUAGCCGGCCCACGUAAACCGACUGCUAAAGCAUCCAUAACAAACCUUGCUUCCAAGGCUCAGCAGCAACAGCAACAACAGAAAGCUCAAUCGCGCCCUCAGUCAGAGCAACAUGAACAGCGACAAGAUGAACAUCACGAACGACAUGGCCAGCACCGACAGUCUCAGAACGAGCAGCCGCCAUCUUACAUGCAAAGCCAGCAGGACUUACAUUCCCAGAGGCCGCUGCAGUCUUAUACCCCACCACCGACCAGCGCUGUUACCUCGGAGUCUUCGUGUUCACAUCCUCCGAUGAGCGUGUUCACGCGGAUGGGCACGCCCUCCUCGGUGUCUGCCAUUUCCCCAGUCCGUACUAUGUCUCCAGCACCGCUCGAACCUCACCCGGAAGAGCCAUCGGCGCAUCAAUCGCCUCACCAGGCAGCCAUUCCACUGCCUCCCUCGCCUCGGGGCACCCCUGAACCCGAGCUACAGCCGAGUCGCACAUCAACGCCCAGUGUCCCGUCAAUCUCAAAGCCGCCAACUCCGAGUCCAGAAUCACCUGUCUCGACCUUUUCCUAUACCAGGACGAGAGUGGGUGCGACCGCACCCGCACCGCCACCUCUGCAACCGCCACCUCCGGUCGACUUCAAUCCCGAGCCUGUUACUUGGAAGAGCCUCACACUUGAUGCGGCACAGUGGACUUUUUCUUCUGAAGAACUGCAGGCAAUUGUCUCACGCGCUAUCCGCGCGAGCGCCGAACCGUCGUCUAUCCGUCUUCUUCCCAUCCAGAUGCUCGAUGGGGAGUUGGUUCAAGAGGUUGAGCGGCUCGAGUCAGAACGUGCAAAAGCUACUGCGGAGUACCGAUUCAUGAUGCACCGACGAACGAUGCUGCUUCAAUCUUUGAACGCAACUUCUGGACCCUCCAGCUCUCCGACCAGCUUUACCGGAAACAUGGUGAAUCUAUCACAGAGCUCUGCAGUGCUAAGCCCAGCGGCAGAUCUUGCACAACGAUUAGCCGAUGUGAGCGCCAGUCUUGAUCGCCUUGCCACGACAGUUUGCCGUGUUUCGGACCAGCUCGCGCAGAUUCGCUCAUUACAAGAAGUACACGCCGCAAGCGCGCUCGCUGUUGCGCUCCGCAAACUCAAUGCUAGCUAUGCACGCCGGGUCCGCGAGAAUCAAAGCUUGAAGGAAAAGCUCGCAGCUGCCGAAGACGAGCGCGACGAAGCAUGGCGCGUGGCAGAGGAACUAGCAGUGGAAUAUGACGAAGAAAUUGAAGACGUAACAGAAGGAGAUGUGGUCAAUGGCGAACGCGCCGUUGCUGUACCCGCAACUUUCACUCGGGCUAGCCGAGUUGGUAUGAGGAUCAAGGUGCCCGGUGUGGGUCCUCGUAUACAACCCUCAGAUCCCGAGGACAUUGUGCCUGAAGCUACUGGAGAAGUGCCCACCUCGGAUUCACCGAAUAGCGCUCCUGGAGAGACACCAUCUACGCCCGUUCAUCGACGGAGACGCGCAAAUAGCGCGACGUCGCGAGUCUCCGCCGCACGAACAAGGUCUGUCCGUGCAUCUAAGGCUAGCCUGCGCUUCCCGCGAAAUCAGGGAUCACGACCACCAUCUUCUUACUCUCAGCAUUCUACUCAGUCGGGAACCCGUGCACGUUCACGCUCAAGGGCUGGUUCAAGACCCGGAUCCCCCGUCGAUGCACCGUCUACGAGUGGCGUGAACACUCCGGACGGGGCAAUCCCAGAUGUGCCGAAGAUCCCAAAUGCAGAUGAACUCAAGAGAUUAGCAAGCGUAAAGAGCACGUCUUCAACUCCUACCACCUUACCGCCUCUGCCACCUCCACCUAUCGAGACAAACGUAGCCGCGAGUAGCUCAUUUCUCGAUAUGACGACGCGACCAAAUUCUGCGUCCGAUGAGAAAGGGAAGAGCCCAGAGAAGGCUAGUACAGACAACGGGGAUGCAGGGUUGGAAAGCAACGUGCAGGAACACACGACCUUAAAUCCUGGAGAUGCACAGGCGAACAGUGCAGCGCUAACUGAUGUGCAACAAGCUGAUGGCGACGGGCUACACGAUGGAUCUGACCUGUUGCAGGCGAAGAGCGACGAGGAAGCCGAUGAAGCUCAGAUCAUCAGUAUCCCUCCUCGGCCGCCACCAAAAGAGCCCUUCUCAGCCUCGCGAGUCGAGGCGAGCAAGGCAAUUCUUCCCGAGGCCAUUGAUGCGAAGAAACAACUGCAAGCGCGUCCAAGUUUGCAAGUCUACCCGCCAACAUGGACUCGUCCCCCACCUGACUCACCAGUGGACGUCACACGUGGAAGCAAUCCUCACCGCGCCGACGGCGAGGACGACGACUUUGAGGAGGAUGCAGAAGAAGCAGAGCUUGCAGAUGAAUUCGAGAUGGCGUACGCGCAGACGGCCCGUGGAGCAGUAGGGUAUAUGCGUAGCCCGUUGCGCGUACAGCAUGCACAGAGCAUGUUGCCCUUCCCUGGGACGGAAGGUCGUGGGCCGUUCCUCAACGGCACUGUAUCAGGUAGAGAAGCGUUAAAGAGGUCACCUUUGUCCGAGAAUGAUGUCCAGCGCCCGUUCCAAGGGGCUGAAGUUAGCGCGAGUUCGCGUAGGCCGACGUCAUUACCAUCCGCUCAGGGCGAGACGCCUUGGAAUUACUUCUAAGCGAAACACCAGCUUCCCUUUGUUUUCUUUUUGUUCACUUCACUUAUUUUUUGAUGUCUUCAGAUGCAUGCAUUACUCCAUCAUUCUUCCCUUCCUCUGUGUAUCACCUUCAAUUUGCUGUGCAUCUUCAUAUGAAAGUUCUUGUGCCUUUAGCCGCUCCUCGUCCUUUUUUCUCCUCUGAUAACGACACGAAUUCCCAUCCUUUCCUUGUCUCAUCUUUUCUUUCUCACUCGGAUCGCAAUGAAAAAUCUCUUUCUACUUUCAUCGUAACAUAUUAAUACCUCGCAUUACUCCACCGUGCUUUGGCCUUGUCCAAUUACACAGUCGACCAGUUCUCCCUCUUCCGUUCAAUCUCGUUCCCUCGGUCCCCGGAUUUACUUUCCCCUCCGCGUUCCCCUCGACAUCCAUACUAUUUUACACAUGUUCUCGUUAUAUAAUUUAUAGUGUAGAAGUAGCUUCAUCUACAGUAAUUAUUUGGGGCUCGUGUUUCCUUUCUAACGUUUCUUACUAUUUUGUAGUGUGUUCUUUUGUUCUUUCUUGUCUUCCCUUUUUCUUCU